AUAAGAGAGAGAAUAAAAAAUCAAACUGCUAUUUGAGAUCUCUCUCUUCCCCUAUUUCUACGCACACUUUGAGUUUGAGUUUGAGUUCAGUUCAGAUCACCGUUCAGACAGCUACUGAAAACCAGAGACCACAACAGAGAAAAACCAGGCCAUAGCCCCAUCACUCUCGAGCUCUUUCCUCACUAUAAGCCCUAACUUUAUGAUUUCCUACUUCUCAGAUCUGUGCAUUCAGUGGAUCUUCCAUUGAUUGUAGCAGUCCUAGCUCGACGAGGGGUUUUGAUGGUGCAUUCUAAGAUUUGAAAUUUAAUGUCUUCAGAAGCUCCAUGAUUUUGCUUGAAGAGGUUGGUUUCUCGUUGUUUGCGGGUUUUUUAGGCGGUAAAAUGAUUGAAGAAGCAAAGGUUUGUCUCGCUUUUAUGAUAAAUCUCAGUUAUUGGGAAAUCCUCUCAUUUCUGGCUUUUUUAGGCUUUCGUUGGAUGUAGAAGCCUGGAGUUCUAAAUGGUAAAAUGACGCAUUGAUUUGAUGAAGAAUGCCGGUUUUUAGCUUUCAUUUUGUGCUCAAAUGCCUGUACUUUCUGGCUAUUUCUAGGGUUUUUUGUCUGAACAAGGACCAGUUUGACAAAUGGAUGAGUGAGCUUUGAACUUGUUGAUAAAUCUCACCCUCAAACCUUCAGAUUCACUAAUGCAGAGGAAAUGAAAGAAUCAAAGCUUUAGGCCCCACUAAUAUUCUCAAGAAACCUGCAGCUCCUGGUUAUUAGUAGGGUUUUCCUGGUUAUUCGUAGGGUUUAUCUUCUCCGAAGGAGCAGUGAUGAGCAGCAUUUGACUGGGACCUGAUAAUAAGAUGUUGAAUCGCAGUUUUAGGUCGUCGGAGUCGCAACUUCAGAGGAAGGGAAGGACCCUGGGAUCAGUGAUGAAGGAGAAGGAUGAUGACCUUGCUUUGUUUCUUGAGGUUCGAAAGCACGAGAAGGAAAGGAAUAACUUGUUGCUUAAUAACUCAGAUGAUCUUGAACCCCUUUUAGGAUCUAAACCGGGCAGUUCUCCCAUUUUUAAAAUUACUUCAUCAACAACAACACGUAAGGGCGGCCCUGAUGAUUUUCUUAAUGCAGAUUCUGACAAAAAUGACUACGAUUGGCUUCUUACACCACCUGGUACGCCCUUGUUUCCUUCUUUGGAAAGGGAAUCCCAUGAAUCUAGAGUAAACCCAUCAGGAAUUUCUACAGCUCGUCCUACUGCACUAAGAUCUAGAUUAUCCAAUCCCCAAACAGAGACAGCCCCAAAAGCCGUUCGUGGAAACCUAAUCUCUCGCCAACCAGCACCAACCUCUGCCCUAAACACUUCAUUUAAUGGCUUAGUGAAACCCUCAUCUGCGAGCUCCACACGAUCUCGGGCAUCCACCCCAUCUGGACGACCCACAUUGCCUGCUCCCUCCACUAAAGCUUCAAGGCCUUCAACACCAACUUCUCGACCAACCCUAACCUCAUCAAAACCCACAGUGACAACUUCAGCAAGGCCCUCUGCGCCCUCCUCUGCAAGGCCCUCUACCCCCUCCUCUGCAAGGCCCUCAACCCCUACAGCCCGUCCCACUUUUCCUGCCUCAAAACCCUCUUCAAGGGCCACCACCCCCACUAGAAGGCCCUCAACCCCUUCUCUCUCUAACAACUCUCGAUCUCCUUCCCUCUCUAACAACUCUCGAUCUCCUUCCCUCUCUAACAACUCAGCCCCACCUUCUCGAUCGCCUUCUUUCACCAGCAACUCAGCCCCACCUUCUCGAUCGCCUUCUUUCACUAACAACUCAGCCACACCUUCUCGGUCUCCUUCUCUAUCUAGCAAUUCUGGCCCACCUUCUCGAUCUUCUCCUUUAACAAAACCUAUUACUUCGAGAACCCAAGUUCCAGCUCGUGGGGUUUCUCCUACUGUGAAGUCUAGGCCUUGGAAGCCUGCUGAAAUGCCUGGGUUCUCUCUAGAUGCUCCUCCAAAUCUCAGGACCACCAUGCCCGAAAGGCCACUUUCAGCCUCAAGGGGUCGGCCUGGGGCUCCUAGUUCUUCGAGAUCUAGUUCAGUGGAGCCUGGUUCAAAUGGUAGGCCAAGGAGGCAAUCAUGUUCUCCCACACCUGGUUUGAGAGGGAGGAGUGCAAAUGGAAGUAUUCAUGGAAAUGGGGUGUUGAACAAAGGGUAUUCAAAUGGGAACAGUGACAGUGUCAACCCAGGUUUGAUUGGGACUAAGAUGGUGGAAAGGGUAAUAAAUAGUAGGAGGUUGGCUCCACCUAGUCGGGAUGAGGAGGCAUCUUUGAAGCAUGGACAAAGUAAGGUGCAGGUGAAGGCUUCGGGUUCGCCUGACAGUGGUGGGUUUGGAAGGAACUUGUCGAAGAAGUCUUUGGACAUGGCUUUGAGGCAUAUGGAUAUACGAAGGAGCAUUCCCAGUGGUUUACGACCCCUGAUAACUAACAUCCCGGCCUCCUCUAUGUAUAGUGUAAGAUCAGGAUCCACAAGGAGCAGGCCGGUUAGUGUUUCUGACUCUCCUCUGGCAACAAGCAGCAAUGCCAGUUCCGAACAGAGUGUUAACAACAACAAUAUACUCUGCAUCGAUGGGAAUGAGAUGGAAGAAGAUAGCAGGAGUGAGAGAGGAAGCCUAUCCUCUCCCGCUACCUAUCUCGAAAGCAUAUGUAUGAGAAGCAGCACAGGCAGUGGUAGUUGGCUUCACAGUCCCGAGAUUAAAGAAGACACCCAAGUCGGAUAAUGGCCUCUCUUUCUCUCUAAGAAGCAGCACGGUCAUCGUCCCAAUUUGCUUCACAGUCCCGACGUCAAAGAAAACCACGUUGGAUAAUCCUCUCUCUCUCUUAAAAGCAGCAUACCUAGUGGCUCUAGGCGUCAUAGUUAUAUCAAAGAAAACCCCCCUCUUUCUCCCUCUCUCUAAGAGCAGCAACACAGGCAGGCAGUUGGCUUCACAGUUAUGAGGUCAAAGCAGACAUCCAAGUUGGAUAAUCUCUCUCUCUCUCUUUCUUUGAGGUGUUUAUUUUCUUUGAAAGUUCACUCCUUUUAGAAGAGUUGAGAAUGAAUCCCAUGGUUUUGUGUUACGAGUGUUUCUCUCCAUGUAUAGGACAUGUUGGCUGCUAAGAUAUCUCAAGGCUGAUUGUAGGAUCCAUGAGGCUGGUUAUGUAUGGUAAUUGCCAAACCUUUCUUUGCUUGAUUGGACACUUUGCAUAUGAGGUCUUCAAA